GUCUUUGACAUUUCAUUGGAGACAGCCUAUGUGCCCUACUACUGUUGUGGGCACCCACUAGCAGCUUUUUUGUCUCCUUAUUUUUAUUAUUAUUAUUGUUACUCUCUCUUCUUCUCCAUGCCCAACAAGCAAGCAACUAAGUUUCUUUGGCAUGUAAAUGUUUUCUUGUAAGAAAGUUUCUUUUUCUUUUCACUCCUUCGACAGCAAUGAUGUUUUUCUGUUAAGGGCGAUGUAAGUGUUGAGGAAUCUGAGGAGUGUGUUGUUGCUGUGAAUGUAGAAAAGUGGCUAUAAUAGCCUCAGAAAAAAAAACAAAAACCAUUCUUUAAAGUUAAGAAGGACUAGCACGAAUAGAAUCAUGAGUGCACGAGUGUUUUCAUUGAUGGGUUUUUGAAGAAACAACUUCUUUGCCAACCUUUAAUAUUAACCGUUUCUUCUUCUUCUUUUCUUCUCCCCUUUCACCCUCUCAUUGUCUUUGGAUUUUGUGUUUUGUUCUUUUUCUGGUUUUGUGUUUGGGAUUUUUGGCUUCUUGCUUCUGUUGGGAAACUCCUGCAUUUGAUAUUCCCGCAAUGUCUCAACAAAAGCAAGCUCAGAUGGUAGGUGGUAACAACCAGGAGCAAUAUAAUGACACAACUUUUACCAAAAUCUUUGUUGGAGGGUUGGCUUGGGAGACUCAGAGGGACACAAUGAGGAGGUAUUUUGAGCAAUUUGGAGAGAUCUUGGAGGCUGUUGUGAUCACUGAUAAGAACACUGGGAGAUCCAAGGGUUAUGGCUUUGUCACAUUUAAGGAUCCUGAGGCAGCCAUGAGAGCAUGUCAGAACCCAUCUCCAGUUAUUGAUGGAAGAAGGGCUAACUGCAAUCUUGCUUCUCUUGGUGCAAACAAGAACCGACCACCAACUUUUCAGCAUGGUUCAGGACGGUUCAGGCCUCCACCACCUGCUUAUCAUGGUUCUUCAUCUACUGCUACAUUUUCCCAUCAACCCCCUAGGCAAUACUCAUUUCCUUAUUCAGCUUACGGAUAUUCUGGAUAUUCACAAGACAACUUGUAUCCUAUGAACUACUAUAAUGUCUAUGGAGUUCAACAAUUUUCAGCUUACUACCCAUCUGCUGGAGCUUCUGGUGCAGUAGGGUUGAUCCAUAAUAUUUAUCCCUUUUAUGGUCAAUAUGCACAGAGUAUUCAGGCUCAUGGUUUUGGGGUUCAAUACCCUCAAAUGGCACAGUUUCCAUUUUUGCCUGACCCUUAUGGCUCCACUGGGAUAUUGUCAUAUCCUUCUUCAGUAUCAGUGCCAACUACUACUGCAGUUUCAGUAACAGGAACUGCUACCACAACUAUAACACCAACAACAUCAACUGGUGUGACAGCAACAGUGGCUGGUAGUUCACAAGCCUCACAAGCAGCUUCUGAACAAAAUUCUACAUCUUCGAAGAUACAGAACAUGCAAGGCUAACCAAACCACAUCAUCAAAAGCUGAAUUCAAAAUUUCAAAAUACAAGACAUUUGUUAGAUAAAGCUUGUGCCCCUAACCGACCUUAACCAUUUCUGAAUAUUCAUCAUGACAGAACUCAAAAGUCAUCAUCAUCAUACAUGUUUGUUUUAGGAGAAUAGGCUUUGUUUUAAAUUUUUUUAAGUAGGUUGUAGGAGUAGGUGAAGAUCAUAUUCAUAUCAUUCAUGUAUUCAGCGUUGGGUAGAAUCUAACUAUUUGAGCUUUGGAUUCUACCUUUUAGAGUAAUUCAACCAAAGUUAUUAUUACUGUUAUGUCUUGGGUGAUGGGAGCAUCCAAUGACAUAGUCCUUUUGUUUACAUUGCAGCAAAUGGUUUCAAAAGAUCAUUUUAUAUCUUUUGAAGCCUUUGAUUGGCUGGUCAAAUAGGAAGACUACAUUGAGCUCGGAUGGCUCAAUAAGCUACCAUGUAUUUUAUUUUUCUUGUCAUUCAUGAUUUCUUCAAGAUAGGAUUAGUCCAAAAGAAAAACGUAGCCUCUAUUGUUUCUCACUUUUUCACGUAUAAUCAUGAUUUUACCAUUCAUCUUUCGCUGUCA